AUGAAGAAAUUCUGCGGUUUCUGGAACUAUAUGCUGGGCUGGACUUGCAUGCUGCUAGCCACUACUCAGCCGGGCAGCACUCAAGAUGCUAAUGGCCUCACUCCAGUAUCGUGUGGCAUAGAAAAGGAAUGCACGCCGCGCAAAUUGUGCGACAACAGCAAUAAAGUAAUAAGAGAUGGACGAGCUCUCGUCGAUUUUCGCUCAAUAGAGUCCCCGCGCAAUGGCCGUGAAAAAUGCGGAAUUUUCGAAGAGUGCUGCUCGGUGAAUGACAAGCGGACGGCACCGAUCGUGAACGAAAAAUAUGUGCCCGGACUCUGUGGUGCGCGCAACAAGAAGGGCGUGAGCAUUACAAUUGAGAACGCGCAGCACGGAGAGUCGCAGUUUGCUGAAUUCCCGUGGAUGGUGGCCAUACAGAGCAGAGCCACUGCUCCGCUGAAUAGCUAUGCAUCUGUGGGGGGUGGUAGCCUGCUCUCUCCCCAUGUGGUGCUGAGUGCAGCCCACAUCUUCAAGAAUCUACAUGCCAAGGAUCUGCGAGUGCGGGCGGGAGAAUGGGAUACCAAAAGCGAAAACGAAGAGCUAAGACAUCAAGACCGAGAGGUGGCUGAUCUAAUCAUCCACGAGAAAUUCAAUGACUUGAAUGGCAUAUAUGACACGGCUCUCCUGAUUCUGCACACACCGUUUCAGCUAGAUUGGCAUAUUGGCACCAUCUGCUUGCCCAGCCCUGAAGCCAGCUUCGAGUCGAGUCGGUGCACAGUCACCGGCUGGGGCAAACGUAGCUCCAAUGAUAAGGACUAUCCCAACAUUCUGAAGAACAUCGAGCUGCCGUUUGUUGAGCGCAACAAGUGUGAGAAUCAACUGCGUUACAAUACUCGCCUGGGCCGAUACUUUGAGCUGCACGAGAGCUUUGUGUGCGCCGGCGGGGAGAGGGACAGAGAUGCCUGCUUCGGCGAUGGUGGUGCACCCCUCGUAUGCCCCAUGACCAAUGGCUCCACGCGCUAUCAGCUGGUCGGCAUGGUGUCCUGGGGCCUGGACUGUGGCACUGAGAAUGUGCCCGGCGUCUAUACGAAUGUUCAAGAGAUGAUACCCUGGAUCAUGGAACAUCUCAAACUGCAUUCCAUAACAAUCUGA